AUGAUCCAAAAGGCCAAAUCGAAGCCAAUCAAUAUCUCAGAUGAUAUCAAGCCAAGAGUAAUACCCUUCUUCAUCAAAACACUUCAGGAAUACGGUACUGAUUCCUUUAUAUGGCUUGGGCCAAAACCAUCAGUUAUAAUCACUGACCCGGAACUUGUAAAGGAGGUCCUGACUAAGAUUUAUAUCUACCAGAAGCCACAAAACAUGAAUCCAUUGACCAAGUUGCUUGCACAAGGUGUAGUGAGCUAUGAAGAAGAUAAAUGGGCCAAACACAGAAAAAUCAUCAACCCUGCUUUCCAUCUUGAGAAGUUGAAGCUUAUGAUGCCAGCUUUUUAUUUGAGUUGUGAUGAGAUUUUGGGCAAAUGGGAACAGAGUCUCUCUCCAGGAGGAUCGUGUGACUUGGAUAGAGAACAGGCUGAACACAUCAUCAAGGCUUCCCAGUCGAUCUAUAUUCCUGGAUUGAGGUUUGUGCCGACUGAGAGAAACAAAAGAAUGAAAUUUAUUGAGAAGCAAGUUCAAGCAUCUUUUAGAGAUAUUAUCGAUAGAAGGGUGAAGGCAAUGAAGGCCGGGGAAGCAAAUUUUGAUGGGUUAAAUCACCUCAGAAUUGUUACCAUGAUUUUAUACGAGAGAAGCCUUGAGGAAAUCUUGGAACAUCAGCACAGUAGUUAUAGACCAUGUGUUUUUGUUGAACCCAACGGAGCCUAUUUCUUCCCUUUGCAUCCAGUUCUUGAGUUUGCCAUGUUGAGGAAUUGGAGGAAUCAAUUGAUUUCGAAGAAAGAUCCAGCAUUUGAUCCAGAUGCACAGACAUUUCCAUUGGCGUUGAAAUUCCUGGAAUGGAAUGCCGAUUGCUUGGUGGUUGGUGAAUACUCUAAUUGGAAUGUUGUCCACCAAGAAGCUGAAAUUCAUCACAAAGAGAAUUAA